AUGAAGCGAAAGACAGGGCCCAAGCCAAAGACGCCUCCCCCGCCCGAGCAACAGCCGGGAAACGGAGGCUCUCCCUCCAGAGCGUCGGCGUCGUCAGGAUGUCCUUCAUCAACCUCUCUGUCGUCCAAGGCCGUAGUGGCGGCGGGUGGUGGUAAGGGCAGGCGCCGCGGGGGCGGCGGUCUCAAGACCCGAGCCCUUGAUGGCGGUGGGGGAACAGUCGGCGGGGUGCGCGCGGCGGCGGCGGCGGUGGAGGGGAAGUACCCCAUGAAGGGCGGUGGCGGUGGUUGCUCUGGUCGUGGAGGUGGCGGCAGAGAUGGACGGGCGGUAAUUUGCUCCGGGCCUGUGCUGGAGGCGUCGUUUCCCGCGCGCGUUGCUGACGAGACGGAGGAGGUGGAGUACGAGGUACGCGCACCCCCGCCCAACCUCAUCCCUCUACCUCAACGCGCGUGCUUCACUGCCCUCGGGAGCUUCUACGGCUCCUUCCCCACUGCCGGUGCCUUCGUUUCCAUCUUCCCCCCGUUUCCGGAAGGCAGCGGCGGUGGCGAGCCCGCGCGCUUGCCAAGAGUACACAGCGGCGGCGGCGGCACGGCGGUAGGCGGUAAGAGUCCUCGCGGGGACGCAAUCCACGGUGGGAGCGUGUCCGAGGUGCCUCGGCGUGCCUCCGGCAGCGGCGGCGGCGGCGGGACGCCCGGUUUUUCCGCCCCUUCUCUCAUGGAGGAGAGGACGGCUGUUGUAGGUGAAGGUGGACUUAUCACGGACGGCGGUAGCGGUGGUCGAACCGUCGGAGGCUAUGACGGUGUUGUCGGGGACGGAGGGACUGUCGAUCAAACCGCGGGUGAAAAACUCGGGUUCAUGGAGGGAAAGGCCAACCGGUACGGCGAGGCAGCGGGUCGCGCUACAAGCGGUGGUGAUGGUCUCGGCCUAGCGGGUACGCCAGCGGCAUCGGCGGCGAACAACGGCGUGGCGGGACUAGGCGGUGGCGAGACGGGAGGCUCACCGCUCUCUGGUGUUGUCGAGGGUGGAACGGCUGCCCCUGCGGUGAUUGUGUCGUCUAAAAGGAAGAGCCCCGCCGCUGUUGACGAGGUCGAGAAAGGGGAGAAGGGAAAGGUCGCCGGAGUAUGGGCCGGGACGACCUUCCAGGAUCCCUCUCACCGCCCAGCCUCCACCAUCGGGAACCACAUCGGCAGUGGGAGCAGCCGCUGCGUCGAUCAAGGCACCUACGGCGACGUCGUCCUUCGCCGUGGGGCGUCUCCGUACAAACAUUCCGGUGGUGGCGGAGCGGCCUCCCCCCACGCAGUUCCCCUUGAGAACGCCGCCGCCGUUGGAGAACCGACCAGGGCUUCACCGAUCGGCACCGAUCCGAGCGGCAGCCGGUUCAACGGCGGCAAAGCAAGCGGCGAGGUGAUAUUGUCCUGGGGUCUUCCCCGGAGCGCCACCGACGGCAAGCCGGAGACGAAGCCGGCAACAACGGCGGACCAAGCCUCGGGCUUGGACGCUUGGCUCUUCGAGGUAGGGCGCGCCGAUGAGAUCGCGGAUAGAGCGGCCGGCAUGAAGGGGAUGUGGCUUUGGGGUGGCCAUGGCGGCACGGCGGUCGGUGGUGGGGCUUCUCCUGGUGACGGGCCCGACCUGACGGGUGCGCCGGCGGCAUCGGCGGCCAACAACGGCGCGACGGACCAAGGCGGUAGCGGCUGUGGCAAGGCCGGGGAUCCGGCAUGUUCGGGCGUUGUUGAUUACAGCAGAAAAGCUGACCCUCGAGGGCUUGUAUCAUCAAACCGGAAUCGCCCGGCGACUAUUGACGGAGUCGAGCAAGUGGAGAAGGGGCAAUGCGCGAGAGCCGGGGCCGCGGCGACCUUCAGGCAGCACUCUCACCGCCCACCCCCCACCAUCAGGGACCACACCGGCAACGGGAGCAGCCACACCGAUCCAUUAGGCACCAGCGGCGACGUCGGCCUUUCCCACGGCCGGGCUCCGCGCAAGAAUUCCGGUGGCGGGGCGGCCGUCCCUCCCCCCGUUCUCCCUAGGAACGCCGCCUCCGCUGGAGAAACAACCAGGGUGGCACUGAUCGGGGAAUCGGGCACCAUUCGGAGUGGCAACGGAGGGAAAGUGAGCGGCGAGGCGAUGCUUCCCCAGUGCCCUCUCCAGAGCGCCAGCGACAAGCCGAAGGAGAAGCCAACCGCGGAGCAGGAGGCCUUCGGUAGGGCCGACUCGUUCACCUCCGCUUGGCUGGGGCUGAUUUCGCGGGAGGCCGGUCUGUCGUUCGUCCCCGAAGAGGGGGUGGCGGCGUCAGCGGCGGCGGUGGCCGCGGUGUUGCUCGAGGUGCCUUCGGCAGUUGGCAGGGGCAUGGUGGUGAGCUGCAACAGGCGGGGACCUUCUCUAGUGGCAACGGCAACAGCAAUGCUACUACCGACACUAGCAACAGUGUCAGUAGCAACAUCAGCGGCAGCGGCGGCGGCGGAGGCAGCAGCGUCAGCAGCGGCGGCGACGUUGGCGGUGGCAAUGGUGUUGACGCCAGCGCGAUGGGGCCUGAGGUUGGGUGCACCCCUCAUGGCCGUGUUCACGGGCUGGGGUACUGCCCAGUGA